UGAGAGUAGCAACGUUCCCUUAGAACAAAUCACCAUGGUUGACAUCGAUCUCUUUUUCUCGGUGUUUUCAGCGUUCGUGGGACUGAUCUUUCUGUUUGCUUUGUUCUUCUACCUCUGCAGAGUAAGGAAGCAGUUUGUACCGCCUCGAAGGCCUUUGUAUCCCCACGUGAUCGUGACGCCUCGGUUUCAGGAGACAGACACUUUCUCGCUUGUAUCGACGUCCUUCGUCCCGGCUGCCUCGGGGUACAGGGCAUCACCUCUUCCUCAGGUGGUCGAUGAUGUUCCCAUGAAUGGGCACUUCAUCGCGCGACCGACGUCGGAAUAUUUCCCAAUUUUCAACACCCUGAAACUUCAUGCCCAAAUUUCCAAAUGCCCGUCGAUGGGUGACAUUCAUAAUAAGUACGUAAGCAACUCAAAACCGCUUAAUCCCGCGGGACCGCACAGCCCAGCCUCGCGGGGUUUCCCGUCUCCUUACGGAUCCCCGCUUGUGACGCCGUACCUAGUGGUUCCCCUUCGGCAUUCUCAACCGCGGUAGCAUCGUUUGCGUGGCAACAGUUUCUGUUUGGAGUGUAUGGCAAUAAAUCAG